AUGGCCCAUAGCGGCCAACGACAUACGGAGYGUCGUACGUCAAAUGUCGGCGUGCUCCAGCGACAGCGAAGCGGUCUCCAAAACGAUCCACAGCAAAAGGCGACCAUAGCAUACAUCAAGCGAGUCCUUUGCUCCAAGCCUCGCAGCCAAGAUGCUUCGAGUGCCUUUGUCGUGAACGAUACCAAGCCACUGGAGGAUUUGUUACCACCGCUCACUAGCUCCAAUGCCAUUGACAUUGAACUAUACGCUCUGAUUGCUGUGAUCCUAAGCAACUUUGUCCAGGCUUGGUACAACCGCAUCACCCCUGAUCAAGAAUUUGUGGGAGAGAUUGUCCAGAUUAUUGCUCAUUGCACAAGAGGACUCGAACAGCGUCUUAGAAAGGUGGAUCUGGAGAGCCUCGUGCUAGACGAGCUACCUGGUCUUUUGCUUGACCACAUAAAUGCGGUACGAGUUUCUCGAUCGUCACGAGGUGGCAGACUGCCUCAACAUGAUCAGCGAUCGCGAUAUUUGGCCCUCCGUCCCCACACCGCCCUGGAGCCGAUACCAGGUGAUGUCGGGUCGUCACUCGAGCAACAAGAGAAUGAAGUCGCGUGGUGUCUCCUCCUUGUGAACCGAGUGCUUCCUUUGGUCCUACCUCCGGAGGAUCUUCUCAAUCCGUGUCUGGACGUACUCGUGUCGGAGAUAUUCUCCGAAAUGAUAUUCCACAACGGCAUCUGUGGCAAAGCAUGUGAAUCGUGGCUGCUCUGGGAUGGCAUCACGAAAGUGUUGCAGUCAUUAAGACCCGAGAGUCGUAGGCCGCUGAAUGUCCAAAGCGCAUCGGCGAACAGCCUUGAGGAAUCUGGGCUCCUUACGCCCGCAAGCGCCUCGAAGAGCACCGACCGGCAAAGAUCGCUGCGUGGGCGCUUCGAUGCAGCCAUACAAUUAUUCUGGCUCACAACUCAAGGUGUGAUGACUCUAUGGUUCCUGCUACGAUCAUUCGCCAUGGCUUUUAUGCAGGCAUCAUCUAUACCGCCUCGCACAAGCAAGUCAUCACACCGACCGAAGACGAUUGAGAAAAAUCUCAACAGGUCGGAAACCAGGAACCGGCUACCGACGCCGAAGUUGGAAACACGAUCCAUCACCAGUAUGAACUUCUGGGAACUAAUGUCCCAACUUCUCCGACUGGACAAACGCAUGCCCUGGUUGACAGGCAUGCUUUCUUUAUUGCAGUGGACCGCGUUACAUGGACCAGGACAGCUGUGUCGCACGAACAGCACCCUAGACAGAUUAGCGUCCUCCCACAUCAACAACAUCCUGCUAAACAGUAAAUCCCUCCCCAUUCUCCUCCGAUCAGCGCGUACAGCCUUGUUUCCGAACAACGUCCUCGGUCCCGCACGCAUCCCACCCAAGGAACAUGAAAUUGCCGGCAUCAAACGCGAUUGCGCCAUCGCUAUAGUCGACGCAAUUCCCGAGAUUGUGCGGAAUCGAUUCUUCGCGACUAGCGAUAUGGAGCGGAUGAUCCAGGACGUGGGGGAGAGUCUAGAAUUGCUUGAAGAUCCCUAUGUCAAUAAACAUCUCGUCUUUGGAAUUGUGGAUCUCAUCGCUGUGCGAUUGUUCCCCGAAAUCACGGAGGAGGAAGAGGAUGUGUUCGAUCAAAGAGAUGGCAUUUGA